AUGAAUAUUAAACAUCCUUUAGAUGAUACCAAGGGCCACACGUCUAAUAAACCUCAAUUUUUACAUGUGAAUUUCAAUCAAGAUGAUUCCUGUUUUAGUUGUGCCUUGGAAGAUGGGUUCCGAAUCUACAAUACUAAUCCGUUACAAGUCAAACUAACGAAAAAAUUUACGAUAAAUACAAAUACAAAGACUUUCCCAUCAAAGGUUAAUGGAACUGGAAUUGGUUAUACUCGAAUGUUAUACAGAACAAAUUAUAUUGCAUUACUGGGAGGCGGCACGAAUCCUAAAUAUCCAAUGAAUAAAUUGAUCAUAUGGGAUGAUCUCUUGAGGAAGGAAAGUAUGGUAUUGAAGUUCAUGUCGAUCAUCAAAGAAGUAUAUUUAUCGAGAUCAUUUAUUAUCGUUCAAUUUGAUAAACAUUUUGAGAUUUAUAAUUUUAAACAGAAUCCGAAAAAAUUGUUUCUUAAUAAGAAUUUUGAAAUUAAAUUGGGUUCAAAUAUUGAUUUUAAAGUUUCAAAUAUCAAUGCUUCAAUCGUACAAAAUGCAUUGGCAUUUGUUCCUCCAAGGACAAGGGGACAAAUUCAAAUUGCAAGAAUUUCAUCACCUUCUAAUGAUAGUGCACGUUCUGAUGAUUCUGAUGUUGAUGAAGAUUUUCCCACUUUAAUCAUUAAAGCUCAUAAAUCAGAUAUUAGAUUGAUCAAGUUAAACCAUCAAGGGACUAUGAUAGCAAGUUGUUCUGAAAAGGGUACGAUAAUAAGAAUCUUUAGUACGCAUAAUGGUAGUUUAAUCAAAGAAUUUAGAAGAGGUAUAGAUUCAGUGGAGAUUUAUGAUAUGGAGUUCUCACCAAAGGGGAAUAAAUUAGCUAUAAUAUCUGAUAAACAAACAUUACAUAUCUUCCAAGUAUAUGAUCAUAAUAAUCAAUUCAAUAAGAUUCAUAGAUUAGAAAAAAGUAAUUGGGGGAAUUGGAAUAAAAAUUUAAAUUUAAAAUACUUUGAUUCGGUUUGGUCGAUGUGUAGUAUUCAUUUACAAAAUCCAAAAUUAUUAUUAUCAAAACCAAGAAAUAAUAGUAUUAGUGAUCAUCACACGAAUAAUACAAGUGGAAAGAAUAAUUUAAUUGAUUUAGAAUUUGAAAAAGAUAGAUGUAAAAUUGGUUGGUGUAAUAACUCAACUCAAACUAGUCGAAACAGUGUUCGAGAUGGCAAAAGCAGUAAAGAUUACAGAAUAUCUGAUGAUGCUGAUGAUGAUAAUGAUAAUGAUAACGACGAAGAGGAUAGCUUAGUUCUAGUUUGGAAAGAUUGUGGCAUAUGGGAAAAGUAUGUAAUUUUAGAGAAGGAUGUAUCCACAACAGCUGCUACUGUAUCCAAUAAAGAUAAUCACUACUCAGUCAAUGAAAGUUUAAGGACAGAGAAUCAUAAUAAUAAUAUUAAUGAAUAA